GCGAACAUGAAUAUGUUGCGCGUGUGGGGCGGAGGGGUAUACGAGUCGGACCUGUUUUACGAGUUGGCCGACGAGUUGGGUAUAAUGGUUUGGCAGGACUUGAUGUUCGCCUGCGCUCCCUAUCCCUCCGAUCCAGAGUUCUUGCUGUCGGUGGACGUGGAGGUCGAGCAACAGGUGCGCCGACUGCAACACCACCCGUCCAUUGCUAUUUGGGCCGGCAAUAACGAAAUCGAAAUGAUAAUGGCCGUCAUAUUUAAAGAUCAGAGACAUAAAGACGAUUAUUAUGAGCUGUUUGUCAAGCAUAUUAUGACCCGAGUGGACAGGGAGGACAGCACCCGACCCUUUGUUACGUCGAGUCCGUCCAACGGACUAAAAGAUAAAGCAUUUAAUUACUCGUCCCCUCAGCCGGUGGACCCCCGAUGGGGUGAUAUUCAUUGGUACGACUACUGGUCCUCUUUGUGGGACUGGAAGGUCUAUAAGAGCGCGAAGUUUGUCUCCGAAUACGGCUUCCUAUCGUAUCCGUCGUUGGAGUCCUUAUCCGAAGCACUUCCGGACAGUGAUCUCACGUAUCCGGUGGGACCGGGAGUUAUGCACCGGAACCGAUUGGGACUCGGAAUGAAUGGGACGACAAUUAUUCAAGAUUCAAUAGGGAUGGCUAUUAAGACGGAAACAGAGUUUUUCCGUCGAAAUAGAGAAGUGGAUCCCAAGACUGGAGAGGGCUAUACGAUGGGUGCCCUGUACUGGCAACUCAAUGACAUAUGGCAGGCGCCUACCUGGGCGUCCAUAGAGUAUGGCGGUAAAUGGAAAGCGGCGUUAGUUCGCGACGACUAUUACGGGGAACUGGAGCUCGACCUGUCUGUCAAAGUGAUGCUGACCAGGGCAAAUAAUUUCUUAUUGCUAUCGGAGCCGAAAACGUCAAAAAUAGUAAAACCUAACAUCAAAGUGGUUGAUGUGAGACAGGGAUCAGUUGCCGGUGGGACAGGUAGUCGUGGUUUUACGAUAAGCCUUACGUCGGAAACGGUGGCGCCGUUUGUUUGGUUGGAUUUGAAGCUAAAGUCCGGAAUUAGCGGUCAGUUCAUGGAAAACGGAUUCUUUAUAUUUGACGGCAAAAAGUCUAUAGUAUUUGAGACCAACUCUAAUGUCACGGAAACACAACUCAAAGAUAAUCUGCUCAUCAAAUCAGUUACCGAUGGGCCGGCAUUUCCCACACAAGGCAUAUGGAAACCCAUUGGCAUCGAGGCGUACGAUAAGGCAGUCCUCCGGGACGUAAUGGUCGACACAAAACCCGACACUAAAAAUAGCUCUCAAUGGGUGCUGACAGUCAGUACGUACGUGGAGUCGGCAUCACUGAAACAAAUCGACACAAUACUCGACAUCUCAUUGGACGACAAAAUCUUAGUUUCAAAACAGAAACACAGUUUGAAAACCGAUUUACUCGGAUCCGUGAAACUAGAUAUCGUGAUCCCUAUCCCACAGGACAUACCUAUCUCUGCCUGGUAUCCAAAUGGUGUGGCCAACGGUACGCAACAGUUAUACAAACUGCUGGUUGACCUGUCGUUCCCCGACAGCACCGAAAAGUCCACUCAAACCAAACGAAUCGGUUUCCGGACCGUACGACUCGUACAAAAUCCUACGGCCGGCGAUGGACUCACCUUUUACUUCGAGGUAAACGGAGUUCCCUUUUUUGCCAAAGGCUCCAAUUGGAUACCGGCGCACGUGUUGAUGGAAGACUUAACGGAGGAGUACGUGGGGCACCUACUGGUGUCGGCCCGGGAGGCCAAUAUGAAUAUGUUGCGCGUGUGGGGCGGAGGGGUAUACGAGUCGGACCUGUUUUACGAGUUGGCCGACGAGUUCGGUAUAAUGGUUUGGCAGGACUUGAUGUUCGCCUGCGCUCCCUAUCCCUCCGAUCCAGAGUUCUUGCUGUCGGUGGACGUGGAGGUCGAGCAACAGGUGCGCCGACUGCAGCACCACCCGUCCAUUGCUAUUUGGGCCGGCAAUAACGAAAUCGAGUGGUUAAUGGGAAUCGGGAUGAUAUCUAAAGAUCAGAGACAUAAAGACGAUUAUUAUGAGCUGUUUGUCAAACAUAUUAUGACCCGAGUGGACAGGGAGGACAGCACCCGACCCUUUGUUACGUCGAGUCCGUCCAACGGAUUAAAAGAUAAAGCCUUUAAUUACUCGUCUCCCCAGCCGGUGGACCCCCGAUGGGGUGAUAUUCAUUGGUACGACUACUGGUCCUCUUUGUGGGACUGGAAGGUCUAUAAGAGCGCGAAGUUUGUCUCGGAAUACGGCUUCCUAUCGUAUCCAUCGUUGGAAUCCUUAUCCGAAGCACUUCCGGACAGUGAUCUCACUUAUCCGGUGGGACCGGGUGUUAGACACCGGAACCGAUUGGAACUCCUCGGAAUGAAUGGGACGACAAUUAUUCAAGAUUUAAUAGCGAUGGUUAUUAAGACGGAAACAGAGUUUUAUCGUCGAAAUAGAGAAGUGGAUCCCAAGACUGGAGAGGGCUAUACGAUGGGUGCCCUGUACUGGCAACUCAAUGACAUAUGGCAGGCGCCUACCUGGGCCUCCAUAGAGUAUGGCGGUAAAUGGAAAGUAUUGCAAUCGUACGCCAGGCAAUUUUUUGAUAACCUAUUGAUAACCCCAUAUUUGGAUAAUAAAGUCAUUAAAGCGGCGCUAGUUCGCGACGACUAUUACGGGGAACUGGAGCUCGACUUGUCUGUCAAAGUAUACGACUGGUCCCAAAAUAAGCCAAUCUAUGAGCACAAGUCUAUCGUCAAAAGUGGCAGCUUUUCGGCUCAAUUAGUGUAUAACAUAUCCGUUGCUGACCUGCAAAAGGAGGCAAAAUGCAAAGGAANUCAAUUAGUGUAUAACAUAUCCGUUGCUGACCUGCAAAAGGAGGCAAAAUGCAAAGGAAACGACUGCACCAGUAGUCGUGGUUUUACUAUAAGCCUUACGUCGGAAACGGUGGCGCCGUUUGUUUGGUUGGAUUUGAAGCUAAAGUCCGAAAUUAGCGGUCAGUUCGUGGAAAACGGAUUCUUUAUAUUUGACGGCAAAAAGUCUAUAGUAUUUGAGACCAACUCUAAUGUCACGGAAACACAACUCAAAGAUAAUCUGCUCAUCAAAUCAGUUACCGAUGUUAUCGCAUAG